UGCUAUAUAUGGACAGUGUGUUUAUAAAAAUGGGUUUGAAUAAAACCUGGCUAGGUGGCAACAUUGCGGGAGCAGCCAUUUAUACAGAGUAAAUUUUCCCGUCCCAUUGAACGUGUGGAGUGAUAAAUUCUUUCACCAAAAAGCAAUAUAAACAACAAUCACAAAUAGAAGAAGUUUUCGGAAAAAACGAUAAGUGAAAUAUCGUUCUUAAAAGAACAAGGAAGAGUUUAACCAUUGAAAACAAGAUUAUUACCAAUAGCCGUAAGAGUUCAUUUAAUGACAAUGACGAUGGCGGCAAAGUUGAUGAAGGACUAGUCGGAAUUGGAAAUAGGAAUGCGCCAUCUGCUAGUGCAGCUAAUUAUCAAUUGAAACAGUUGUACACAAUGCGCGAGGCGCUUUUCUCUCAGGAUGGCUGGGGAUGCCAGCACGUUAACCAAGAUACCAAUUGGGAGGUGCCCAGUUCACCGGAGCCGGCCAAUAAGGAUCCAUCGGGUCCUCUAAUGUGGAAACCAAACAUUAACAAUGGCACCGAUUUGUGGGAAUCGAAUUUACGCAACGGCGGUCAGCCACCCGCUCAACAAGUGCCAAAGCCAUCUUGGGGGCAUACGCCUUCAUCAAAUUUAGGCGGAACUUGGGGCGAGGAUGAUGAUGGAGCCGAUAGCACCAGCGUAUGGACAGGUCAGUCAUCCAAUAGCGCAACGUCUGGUGUGGGUGCAGUGGGUGCUAAUGCUCCUGGCGUUGGCGCCUCUACUGGCCCCCAAUGGGGACAGGGCGUUGGUGUUGGAGUCGGAGUUGCCUUAAACUCUACUGGAAAUAACAAUGCGCCGGCAACUGGAGCCCUGCCUGCGGUGGCUCCCGGAUGUGGAAAUAGUGGAAACAAUUUGGCUGUAAGCGGAACGGUUGGAGGAGCUGGCGGCAGUGUUGGCGGCAGUACUGGCAAUGGUUGGGGCGAUCCGCGAGAUAUGCGCCCGCUGGCAGGAGCCGGUCCAAUGGACAUCCGAAACGUGGAUCCGCGUGAUCCAAUUACGAUGCGCGGUGUGGGCGCACCUACAGGAGAUCCCCGUGACUUGCGUAUGAUUGAUCCACGGGAUCCGAUUCGUGGCGAUCCGCGUGGUAUAUCUGGUCGUCUAAAUGGCACAUCAGAGAUGUGGGGACAUCAUCCUCAGAUUGCUCAUAACCAGAUUCAAAAUAUUAACAAAAUGGUCGGCCCCGUUGUUAGCGCAACAGGUUCAAAUAUUCCAAGCUCAAAUAUUGGCCCAAGUGUUGGUGUUGGUUCGGUAUCUGGUAAUGUCGGGGCGCAAUGGGGAGCUACACAGGCGGUCGUUGGUGGCCCCAAGGAUAUUUCCAAGCAAAUCACUGGAUGGGAGGAACCCUCACCCCCACCACAACGUCGCAAUAUUCCCAAUUAUGAUGACGGAACUUCGCUAUGGGGACAACAAUCGCGCUUACCUGGUAGCGGUGCCCACUGGAAGGACAUGACAGACUCAAUGAGUCGUAAUCACUUAAUGAGAGCCCAAAAUCCAACGGGCAACAUCGUCGGCAGCGGUGGUAUCGGUGGCAAUAGCAAUGUUCCAGUCGGUGGAAAUCCCAAUAAUCCAAUGGUCGGUGGUGCUGGUAUUGGGCCUCAGUCUCGACUGGCAAACACUCCCGGACCCAGUGGAGUUGUUGGCCAGCACGGCAAGCCCGAUGCCGGUGCCAUGUGGGUGCAUCCCAAUAAUAGCGGCGGCGGCGUCGGCGGCGGAGGUAGAAAUGCUCAAGUAAGCUCUUGGGGCGAUGAUAGUCACAAUGUUGGCGUUGUUGGCGGUGCCGCCGUGGCGGGCAACAACUGGGUCGAUGAUAAACAGAGCACUUCACUUGCACAAAUUGGAGCAAACGCAAACUCAUGGAGUGAUUCACCUUCGGGUGGCGUCGGCGGCGGCGGCUGGGGUAAUAAACAAACUAAAUUGCCGUCAACAGGUGGCGGAUCCUCUGGAUGGAGCAACGCGAGCACAGUUGGUGGGAAUGUGGAAGGCGGCGAUUUAUCAUCUGAUUGGCCACAUGGUGGCGGCAUUGUUGGAAAAUCCCAGCAACAGCAGCAACAGCAGCAGCAGCAGCAAAAAAUCGCUGGCAUUAAUGUUGGUGUUGGCAUCCUUAACACAGAUAUGGUUAAGCAAAGCAAGCAAUAUAGACUUUUGGUUGAGAACGGCUUCAAAAAGGAAGACGUCGAAAGAGCAUUACUGAGUACCAAUAUGAAUAUUGAAGAGGCAGCCGAAAUGCUGCGUGCAAAUCCCAAUUCGUCUCUGGCAAUGGAUGGCUGGCGCCGUCACGACGAGGUACUUGGUUCCUACGCUGAUCACUCGAAUACGACAAAUAGUGGCGGAUUCCCACAACGUUAUCCUGUUGGCAGCGCACAACCAUCGAUGUCAUUCCCUCCGAAUAACCUAAUGACUAAUAUGAGCGGUACACCUAGCAAUAAUCCGAAUAUGGCAGUUCUUCAGGUACAAAAAUAUUUGAACCAAGGUGGGCCGCACAAUGUCGCGAUCGGAGGAGGACCACAGUCGAUAAAUGCGAAUGCAUCGGUUGCAUUUUGCCAGAACGCAACGAGUGCAGCGCCGGCGGUGAAUAUUGCAUCGAAUGCCAAUAAUCAGCCAUCUGGUCAGCACAUUCGCCAGCUUGGCCAGCAAAUUCAAUUGGCCAUUCACAGUGGCUUUAUAUCCAGUCAAAUUUUGACCCAGCCUCUGACACAAAAUACUUUAAAUCUAUUAAACCAACUACUCAGCAGUAUAAAGCAUCUUCAAGCAGCGCAACAAUCUCUUUCUCGGGGCAGCAACGCUAACCCCAUGGUUGUCAAUGUAACCAUUGCAAAAUACAAACAACAGAUACAAAACUUACAAAACCAAAUAAAUGCACAACAGGCUGUUUAUAUAAAGCAACAGAAUUUGCAACAAAAUUCACAGCAGCAGCAGCAGCAGCAACAGCAACAGCAGCAACAUCCAUCCGGACACAUAAAUAACUCUGGAAAUGACUAUUUAAGAAAUCAUGAUGCAAUAACUACACUUCAAGGAAACUUUUCAGAACUAAAUCUUAAUAAGCCAAGUGGAUAUCAGGGUGCUCCCAAUCAGCAGUCCCGCUUAAAUCAGUGGAAGCUUCCAGUAUUAGAAAAGGAUACCAUCGCUACGGACAGCACUGAUUUUUCACGAGCUCCGGGCGCAACAAAACAAAAUUUAACUAGCAACUCAAACAACAUGGGUUCGCUGGGCCUACAAAACGAUGGUACUUGGUCAACUGGGCGCAAUAUUGGAGACGGUUGGCCAGAUCCUUCAAUUGAUAACGAGAACAAAGACUGGUCAGUUGCACCGACAGCAGCUGCGUAUACCGACUUGGUGCAGGAGUUUGAGCCAGGCAAGCCGUGGAAGGGUUCUCAGAUCAAAAGCAUUGAAGAUGAUCCAAGCAUAACUCCUGGCAGCGUAGCUAGAUCUCCAUUGUCCAUUAAUCCGACGCCAAAAGAUGCUGAUAUUUUUGCUGCCACAACCGGCAAAAACUCUCCGACUGAUCUGCCGCCACUAAGUUUAUCGUCGUCAACGUGGAGUUUUAAUCCAAACCAAAAUUUUCCUAGUUGGUCAGACAACAGUCAACAAUGUGCCACCUCAGAACUCUGGACAAGUCCUCUAAAUAAAAGCUCAUCUCGAGGACCUCCGCCCGGAUUGAGCACAAACAAAUCUGGCGGCGUUACGGCUACCACCACACCAUCACCAACGGUUGCCGGAAACUCAAACGGUUGGCUUCCUAAUCGUAGUGGUGUGCCCAACACAAAUACGACUUGGACUGGAGCUAACGCUUCCUGGAACUCUAGUUGGUUGCUACUGAAAAAUCUAAAUGCUCAGAUUGACGGCUCUACCUUACGAACUUUGUGUAUGCAACAUGGUCCCCUUGUUAGUUUCCACCCAUAUCUAAACCAAGGAAUUGCCUUAUGUAAAUAUACAACACGGGAGGAGGCUAACAAAGCACAAAUGGCACUUAACAACUGUGUUCUCGGUAAUACAACAAUAUUUGCCGAAUCGCCAAGCGAGAACGAAGUGCAGAAUAUACUGCAACAUUUGCCCCAAGCCUCGAACGCCACAAACUCCGGCACAUUAUCCGGCGGAAGUGUUGGCAACGGAAGCAACAUAAGCGCCAGCGGCGUUUCCAGCAGCAGCAGCUCUGGUUCGACCAUAUCUGGAGGAAACAGCAGCAACGGCAAUGGCAGCGGCGGCGGCAAUGGCAGUGCAUCGAAUGCAGCUGGAUCAGCCAGCAAUGCAAGCGGCGGCAGCGGCAGCUCGGGCUCAGUUGGCAGCAGUACAGGUAGCAACAACAAUAGCAGCGGAAGUAAUAUGAACUCUUCGGUAAAUGGUGGUGCACCGCCAAGUGGUAACAACAGUGGCAACAAUACCAAAAACAACACACCUGGUGGCGGCAACAAUAUAACUACUAUUACCGGUGGUGGACAGCAGCAGCCAAACGUUUCCAAUGUGACACCUGCGGCUGGCGCCGGCAGCAACUCAACGUGGCGCCAGAGUACUCAAAAUCAAGCACUACAGGGGCCAAAUCGACCAGCCGGUAGGGAAGCUGAUUAUGAUUAUAUAUCUCAAUUCGUUUGUUCCAUAGUUGAUGAUUAAUUUGAUAAUGAUGAUGAUGAUGACCAUGGCAUAGCAUUCUGACACACACACACACUGACACACACUUGAUUCGAAAAUGAUUCAGUUUGGAAAGCGCAACUAUGUUAUGUGAAGUACAUAAAGUGGAUCGACUGAUAAACGAAUGGACUUAGAAUUUUGUAUGCCUGUAGAUUUAUUUUUCUUUAUCGUUCAUAGAUUUUAGGGCUGUAAAUGUAAGAGACAACAAAAAAUCGAUAUAUGGUACACAUACAUAACAAUACUUUGGAAAUACGAUAAUUGAAUUAUUUACUUACUAUAUACUUACACACACACACACACACACACACAUGCCUACACAAUUACCUUUCCAUUGUAUACAAGAAGUCAAGUGUUCAGUAUCCGGAUUCCCAAAGUUACGUACAGUUUUUGACUUUGAAUUUCGAAAUGGCUGGCAGCACAAGAGUCCGCUAAAUAUGUAACACAAACAAUAUAUAUGUAUAUGCACGAAGUUUAUGUGUGAAUACAAUAUAUAUAUAUAUAUAUAUAUAUAUAAAGACAUUUGGGCAUGCGUCAAAUGUGCAUCCUCUUGCUUGAUUAAGUAUGUGUCGUCGUCCCACACACACACGAGUAUGAAAGAAAAUUUGAUUAUUUUUUGUAUAUCCAAAAAAUAUAUGGAACAACAAAAACUAAAAAAAAUUACCUGUGUUAUAUACAUAUAAUAGGAAGUUAUAAUCAAUUACGGUUUUGCUUUCACUAAAAAGCAUUCCCACCGAAAACAAAUUCGGUUAAACAUAAAUAAUUAGCUCACAAUAAAAUACUAAUGAAGUAAAUUAGAAAAUCGAA